AAUUUUCAAGAUGGCGUCUGGUGUAGAGGUGUCUACGCCAGUUCCUGAAGAGGAGACAUCAGAAAGCCUCGCAUCCCAGAAGAGAGAGGAGAGGCUAAGAAAGUUUCGUGAACUUCAUUUCAAAAGGAAUGAAGCUCGCAAACAGAACCAUCAGGAGGUGGUUGAGGAGGACAAGAGACUGAAACUUCCAUCUAACUGGGAGGCAAAGAAAGCUCGUCUAGAGUAUGAGCUAAUGGUCGACGAGAAGAAGAAGGAGUGUGCAGAAAAUGGGGAGAACUACCACCGCGUGAAGCUGCUCGAGAUCAGUGCAGAAGAUGCUGAGAGGUGGGAGAGGAAGAAGAAGAAGAAGAAUCCAGACCCGGGUUUCUCUGGCUAUGCUGAAGCCCAGCAGCGCCAGUACCAGCGGCUCACCAAGCAAAUCAAGCCAGACAUGGAGAGCUACGAAAGGCAACGAGAGGAAUAUGGUGAGGACUUCCACCCCACCUCCAACAGUCUGAUUCAUGGAACCCACGUGCCCACCAAAGAAGGCGUCGACCGCAUGGUACAGGACCUGGAGAAACAGAUUGAGAAGCGGGCUAAAUACAGCCGCAGACGAGCCUACAAUGAUGAUGCAGACAUUGACUACAUCAACGAGCGCAACGCCAAGUUCAACAAGAAGGCUGAGCGUUUCUACGGCAAAUACACUGCCGAGAUCAAACAGAACCUGGAGAGAGGAACCGCUGUGUAAUCAUAGGUCAAUGUUUCUAGACAUUUCCGGAUUCAGCAGCUGUCCAUCAGCUUAUAAAAGCAAAAUCACCCAUAAUUUCUCUUCUGGGCGAUCCCCUGUUAUCUUUGUGGAGAACAAGCUUCUCUUUGUCUUCUGGUUGAAGGGUGGCAUAACAAAGCAGUGAGGACUGUGAUAUCAUCAGAGGUGGCUGUAAAACAGAUUUCUCUUACAUUUCUUUAUAUUUUUUCUUUUAAGCAGACAAAACAUUUGACCAUUUAGCUAUUCAUUGAUUAUGCAAGGUUUCUCUUUACAUCGGUAUUUUUGUUUAUAUAAAUGCAUUCUAUUUCAUAUUGUUUUGUGAUUUCUUGUUUGUUUUGCAUAAUAAACAAAUAUGGUGUUGAUUGAUACACCUUUCAAUUACA